AGGGUUUAGUCGAGCUCAGCCUCACAGCGGAGCGCGUGAGUUGCGCUCUAAAGGACAGCGGGUAGGCAUAGUUCGCGUUUUUCCCCACUGUUCGAGGGUCCACCGAAGAUUUCUGUCAGUCUCCUUCUGUUUCCCAUUCAUCGGGCCUUCGGUUAUGGAGAUUUCACGAUCGGAUUAGCAAGACUGCAGUUUUGAGGCAGAAUGAGCGCGAAUGUACCGGGCUCGGUGCCCUGCCGCUUCGCACACUAUUUCGUGAUCUGCGGCAUAGACACUGAGACUGGACUGGAGCCGGACGAGCUAGCAGCAUUAUACCAAUGGCUAGAAGCAGAUCGCCAUGGUAGGACCAAACAGACAACAAGGACAGGGGAAAACUUUGAUCAGAGCCCUCUGCGAAGAACAUUUAAAUCCAAAGUCUUGGCUCACUUCCCGGAGAACAUUGAAUGGAAUCCUUUCGACCAAGAUGCAGUCAAUAUGCUAUGUAUGCCCAAAGGCCUUUCCUUCCGAACCCAGGUGGACAACCGUGAUCCCCAGUUCCAUUCAUACCUCAUCACUCGGGAAGAUGGCACUCGUACCUAUGGCUUUGUACUAACCUUUUAUGAAGAGGUGACCAGUAAGCAGAUCUGCACAGCCAUGCAGACCCUCUACCAAAUGCACCAUGCAGAACACGCAGGUAGUGUGUGCGCAUCAUCCUCUUGCAGCAUGGACUCCCUGGCCAGCAGUACAGACGAAGGUGAUGCCACCUCCCUCAGCAAACUCCACUGCUGCAGCUCCUAUGACAUCAGCCGGGAUACCCUUUACGCCUCCAAGGCCAUCUGUCUGAUCACUCCUCUACCUUUCAUGCAAGCGUGCCGCAAGUAUCUUUACCAGCUUCAUCAAGCUGUUACCUCCCAGCAGCCACCACCUCUUCCACUGGAAAGCUACAUCCACAAUAUUUUGUAUGAAGUACCUCUUCCUCCACCAGGUCGUUCCCUAAAGUUUCAUGGGGUCUAUGAACCAAUUGUUUGCCAGAGACCCAGCAUUAAUGAACUACCUCUAGCUGACUACCCAUUACGGCAUGUCUUUGAGCUACUGGGAGUGGAAAAUCUAGUGCAGGUGUUUACCUGUGUCCUUCUGGAAAUGCAAGUCCUGCUGUACUCUCAAGAUUACCAGCGCCUGAUGACAGUGGCUGAAGGGAUUACUGCACUUCUUUUCCCAUUCCAGUGGCAACACGUUUAUGUCCCUAUCCUCCCAGCUUCGCUUCUUCACUUCCUUGAUGCCCCAGUCCCCUACCUGAUGGGACUUCAGUCCAAAGAAGGAACUGACCGCUCAAAGCUAGAGUUGCCACAAGAGGCUAACCUCUGUUUUGUGGACAUUGAUAACCACUUCAUCGAGCUCCCCGAGGACUUCCCACAGUUCCCCAAUAAGCUUGAGUUCAUCCAGGAGAUCUCCGAAGUCCUUCUUGUCUUUGGAAUUCCCCCCGAAGGCAGUCUGCACUGCAGUGAGAGCGCCACCAAGCUAAAGAAUUUGGCCCUAAGUGACUUGGUCAAUGAUAAAAAGAAUGGAAAUUUGCCUGGUGAUACACUUGCUGUGUUUGAGAUGCUGCAGGGUAAUGCCACCCUGGAACGACUCCAAGCCCUGGCCAAGCGCACUGGCGUGACAGUAGGCCAAGUCGAUGGUUUGAGAAGCAGUUCUAUUAAGGAAAAAGAAACCAGGCUUCAGUGUGAUGAGGAAGAGUUACGCAAUGCCAUGCUGAAUGUGCAGAUCCGAGAAGUCUUUGCCCACCGUUUCACUCAAAUGUUUGCUGAUUAUGAGGCUUUUGUCAUCCAGAGUGCCCAGGAUUUGGAGUCUUGGCUCACAAACCGAGAGCAAAUGCAAAACUUUGACAAGGCCUCCUUCCUUUCUGAUCAGCCAGAGCCCUAUCUGCCUUUUCUGUCCCACUUCAUAGAAACACAAAUGUUUGCCACUUUCAUCGACAACAAGAUUAUGUCUCAGUGGGAGGACAAGGACCCCAUGCUCAGGGUAUUUGACUCUCGUAUUGAGAAGAUGAGGAUGUACAAUGUACGAAUCCCUAAUCUUCGUUCCUCCAUCUAUCAAAAAUGCACCAUCUUGAAGGAAUCAACCCAGUCGAUAGAACAACGGCUGAUGAAGAUUGAUCAUGCUGCCAUCCAUCCACACUUGCUUGAUAUGAAGAUUGGACAGGGUAGAUAUGAGCAAGGAUUUUUCCCAAAUCUUCAAUCAGAUGUCUUGGCAUCAGGACCAACCAACAACAACCGCUGGGUCAAUCGGACAGCCAGCACUCAGCGCAGGAAAGACCGCCUGAGACAGCACUCUGAUCACAUUGGCUUGGACAAUGAUUUGAGAGAGAAGUACAUGCAAGAGGCAAGGAGCAUAGGGAAAAAUCUACGACAACCAAAGCUGUCAGACCUCUCCCCUGCUGUCAUUGCUCAAACCAACUGGAAAUUUGUGGAAGGGCUUUUAAAAGAAUGUCGAAUGAAGACGAAGCGCAUGCUGGUUGAAAAAAUGGGUUAUGAGGCAGUGGAGCUUGGCCAUGGAGAGACUAAUAUCACUGGACUGGAGGAGAACACGCUUAUCGCCAGCUUAUGUGACCUGCUGGAGAGGAUCUGGAGUCAUGGCCUUCAGGUCAAACAGGGAAAAUCUGCUUUGUGGUCCCAUUUGCUGCAGUACCAAGAGAGAGAAGAGAAGCUUGAGCCCCCAGCAGAGUCUCCUGUUUCCUUGGGACCAGAGAGAAGGAAAUCAGAGACGGGAUUGUCAAUGCCUCUCCUCCGGGUUUCUCUAAUUCAAGAUAUGCGACAUAUCCAGAACAUGAGUGAGAUAAAGACGGACGUUGGCCGAGCUCGUGCCUGGAUUAGGCUGUCUCUAGAGAAGAAGGUUCUUUCCCAGCACUUUAAACAGCUCUUUUCAAACCAAGCAUUAACAAAAAAACUUUACAAGCGAUAUGCUUUUUUACGCUGCGAAGAAGAAAAAGAGCAAUUCCUUUAUCACCUUCUGUCACUAAAUGCAGUGGAUUAUUUUUGCUUCACGAAUGUUUUCACCACAAUCAUUAUACCUUAUAGAGCUGUCAUUAUCCCCAUCAAGAAACUGAGCAAUGCCAUCACGACAUCAAACCCCUGGAUUUGUGUCUCUGGAGAAUUGGGAGAUUCGGGAGUGAUGCAGAUUCCAAAGAAUGUCCUAGAAAUGACCUUUGAGUUUGGAUAUAAGCCCACACAUUCUACAAUCACCAAAUUGUUCAAGUGUCAAAAUCUGGGGAAGCUUACCACAGCCCAAAUUGGGCAUGACAACUCUGGCAUCUUGGCAAAGUGGCUUGUGGAUUGUGUCUUGGUUAGAAAUGAAAUCUCUGGACAUACAUACAAGUUUCCAUGUGGUCGAUGGCUGGGGAAAGGGAUUGAUGAUGGGAGUUUAGAAAGAAUCUUGAUUGGUGAGCUGAUCAUUCCAUGUACUGAUGAGGAGAUGGGCAAGCAGUGCAGGACCCCACCGCAGCAGCGCUCUCCAACACAGAUCCGGCGGCUUAGCAUUACUUCAUUAGGAGGGAGAAACAACAAGCUGAAUGCUGCCCAGAUUCAAGAGGCAGUCGGGGAGGCAGUGAAUAACAUUGUGAAGCAUUUCCACAAGCCAGAAAAGGAGAGAGGAAGCCUCACAAUAUUGCUCUGUGGCGAAUAUGGCCUGGUAUCUGCACUGGAACAGUUUUUCUACCAUGGAUUUAAAUCAUCCAGAAUUUUCCAGAAAAAUGUUUUUAUCUGGGACUUUGUAGAAAAAGCAGCAGCCUUUUUUGAAUCAGGUGAUCAAAUAGAGGAGGCUGAGACUGGAAUGGAGUCAUUAAGACCUACAAGCAAGAUAUUCUGCCAGUAUGCGACUGCUAUCAAUGUAACACCCCGUAACAUUGGGAAAGAUGGAAAGUUCCAGCUGCUUGUUUGUCUUGGGGCAAGGGACCACCUCCUCCCGCAGUGGAUUCCUCUACUUGUGGAGUGUCCUCUAAUCACGCGGAUGUAUGAAGAACAAGCUCUCCUGAGAGACCGCAUGGCUGUGAACUCGGUCAUCCGAGUUCUGCAAACAGUUCAGGAGUUCAACAUCACUUUGGAAUCGUCUCUGGUCAAAGGCAUCGACCUGUAGCCUUCAUUCUUCACGCCCACUGAGUCAGACCUUAUAAUUCGGCACACUUUGCUGCUGCUGCUGCUUGUUCAACACUGGAAGCCAAAUGAGUGGAAAACUGAGGAGAUAAAACAUAUAAGACUAUAAAAAAGAAGUUGGUAGAGUGCGAAAUAAAGCCUUGUGGCGUAAUCAGGAAGUGGGAUGUACUAAUUGAUUACAGUAUUAUGCAGCUUGUUAUUAGGAUAUAUGAUAUUUAGUAAGAAUAUAGAAUAUUUUUCAUGUGCUAGAUGUGUGUAAAUACUUUUCAGGGUAAAAAAAAAAAUUAGAAUGCAAAAACUAAACGAAACAACUCUUGUAUAUUUUGUUGAUGAUCUGCUUAAUACAUGAAUUGAAACUGAAAUCUUCGACUGCAUCUGAAAGGCAUGGUCUUUGACAUAUCUAACUACAGCAGUAUUUUUUCUCAAACAGAAUGAAGGAUUUUUUUUAUAUAUUUAUUGAUAUUUUUUAAUUCUUCUGUGAAGCCUCUCAUUGCUGUCUCCUUCAGGGAUGGUUUCAGGAAUUGCCUUUUUUUGGGGAAGUCAAUUGUGUUGCUACUGUACUCCUAAAUUGUGUCCACCAAAACUCCAAUUAAGUUUGUAGAGAAUUAAAGCCACCACAUGCUGCCCGCCCUGUCAUUGUCACCGAGCGUGUCUGAGGAAAGUGUGCUGCAGACUGGAGCUGCUUUCCUUGUCUUUCGAUGUGGGCAGAUUUUGUUCUGCUUCAACACACGGAUCCGCUUGCAUUUGAAGAAAUGGGCAGCCCGUACUCCUGUUACUAAUGGUUUCUUUAGAGUUGGAAGAAUUGAUUUGUAUGGAAUAUAUUGCAAUUAAUGUAUUGGGCUUCCUCUAAUAUGCAACUUAAGAAGCUAUGGCCCGGUGACUGUCCCAGGUGACAGAAAAUGUACUCACGCGUGCGCGUGUGCGUGUGUGUGUGUGUAGUAAGAUGAUAAAGCCGUACUGCAUUUAUGAUCGUGGUAUCCAGAAAUGAAGAAUUCAGUCUCACAGGAUGCUUCUAUUGAUUUAUACACAUUCUUUACAUUUGCUGUUUAAAUGUCUGCUUUCCCUUCACUGAAGUAUAACCUGUGGUAUUCUAGUCUCUGCUUCUCCAAACAAUGAGAUCCAAUGUUCAAAACACGAGUUCAGUCCAUCACAGCACACAUCGUUUUCUGUGGCGUCUUAAGGAAUUGACAAUUCCUGUAUUACUGUUUUGGAAGGCGGUUAUCUCAUAAUAAGCCUGAUGGUCCUCAUUCACAUGUCAUGCAUCUGGAUUACAUGUUAAUGGUCAGCACUUUCUUGUGUUAGCCUGCACUUCAGUCUUUGAAUUAAUAAACGAUGAGCUGGGCUUUUUUAAAAAUGUAAAUAGCAUUAUUUCUUUUUAUUUCUAUCGCUUAGUUGCAUUCUAUGGAGAUAGCAAAUUGACAGAUGCUUACACGGAGGUGCAUUAAUGUGCAGGCUUCAGAAACAUGUACAGGAAACUGAUGAGUGGUUUGCACAUUUUGUUUUAAACAGAUGCUGCUGUUAUUGUCGUCCGCUAACGGACCUUCUUCUCUCACUAGCAAUAACCUGGAUAUUGCAAUACCUUUUUGUUUUAGACUGAAUCUUAGGGGUAAUGGUCCUUUAGGUUUUUGGGAACAUAAUCUUGAAGAACGUGUUCCUAAUUUAAAAUAAAAGAAGUAUGAUUAUGGUGAAAUUCCAAGACCAGAAAAAAAAAUCUCCUACAGUAUGAGAAAAAUAUUAAGGAGACGUAGAUGAAUAGUAGAAUAUUAAGGAGACGGAGAUGAAUAUUAGAAUAUUAAGGAGACGGAGAUGAAUAUUCGAAUAUUAAGGAGACGGAGAUGCUUUUUGUUUGUUUCCAGGUUUUCCCAGAUUGCACGUCGUGAGGCACAUUGAAUAUGCAGUGUCUGUUCAGUAAUUUGUCUUUUUGUCUUUGUUAUGGUUAAAUGCAUUUCAUUAAAAAUGCUUUAUUCAUUA